CUUUUGUAAUAUCUACUGGCAACGGUCGGACGAACUGCGUCGCUGUUCGCUCGAAAGUCGUUGGGACGGGCCAGACCUGCACCGAAUCGGGGAUGACUGAGUGAGUGCGAGUGAGCGAACACUUGUUACGAAUCGGGCCUGGAUAUCACGGUGGUUGUUUGUACUACGUCUGGUUGGCUCUGUGAGUCAGUAAUAUCAGUAAUAGACCGUUGGUGGUGGUGGUGGUGGAGUGAGCUCGCCAGGUUGUAUGAGUGGGCUGUAGGUGUUCCCGAGGCUUCCGACGUCUCGAGUUCAGUUCAGUCCGUUCCGUUGCCGAUUUAUCUGCGUUACUACGUGCGACCGCCUUGAAAAAAUUUACCGAAUUCCUACCACCGGAAGAACGUUGAAAACCCAACCGAAAUGGGUCGAUUCACUUCAAGCGUAUUAGCUGUGAUCUGCAUGGCCACCGUGGCCUACGGUAUGGACUGCUCGUUCGGAUCCAGCAAGAAUAUUUUCGAACAAAUUGUCAAAAGUUGUCCAAGGCCGAUAAUUGACUUAGCCGACCAAAGCUAUUGCUGUAUCGAUGUGAAGAACGACUCGUUCUACUGCUGUGACGCGGAAGAAUGGGCUCUCAAAACUGGAUUGGGCAUAAUCAUUCCUUCGAUCAUCGCCGUCGUUGUGAUUAUCUCGAUAGUAGUCCUAUGCAUUUCCUGCCUGUGCUGCACCUGCUGCCCGUGGUACCGCAGGCGCCAUCGUGGAACCGUAUAUGGCAAUUUGCAAGCACCUGCCGGGGGGAUUCACAUAAUUCAGCCGACGCCCGUGUAUCCAGGCUAUGCAGGUCACUUACAAAACCAACCCCCAGUUUAUGCAACGACUGUGACAGCGAUGCCGCAAGAUUGUCCUCCUCAGUACACUCAAGAAGCUUACACCAAACAAGCUCCCUACAAUCCGGGCUAUGCUCUGUAAGCUAUUCACUGUUACUAAAGUGAAACCUAUAUCAACACUAUUAUUAUAUUUAAUACCACUCUUGCCGAAGAAAUAACGUUAGACAAAUCUAACUGUAUCAAUCUCAUGAAUAGCGCCGUAAAUUCCUGUAACCAUUGCGUGAUAUUGGCUAGUGAUCCCUUAAUCUAAGAUUUUUUAUAAUCUUUACCAUUACCUUGUAUUUUAUCGAUGAAAUUUGAGAACACAGUUCCGUCGAUUACUGUACAUAUACAUUAGUAUCCGUGGUGGAAUCUCACUCCUCGUUUAUAAGAGUUCUUCCAAUCCAGUUUCAUUUUUUACGAGAAUAUAGCUGCUCGUCCUUUUCACUGUUCCUUUGUACACGAAUUUUAUUGGCUUAUCCGUCUCCCGACCGACGAGCCGACGAUAUGAGAUUUAUUCGAGCAGCUUUUACCUUUCAGAUAUUAUUGAUUGUGAUUAUCGAUUCAGCAAAAAUAUGUGAAAAACACGAUUAACUUUAUUACGGUAUAAAUACUUUAUUGGAAACUAUUAGUUCUUACCAUCGCACCACAUUCUCAUCUGUGAUAAUUCUCGAGUGAAUGUACCAUAAUUUCUCUUGGGAACUAAAAUUUGAGUGGCAAAAAAUUUUUUGACUCUGAAAUAGAAAUGUUGUGAAAAUUAAUUACGUGGUACGAAUGACGUCUGAAAAAUAAUGCAAGUGAGCUUUAAUAAGAUGUACAUGUUCUCGAAACUUGAUAGAAUAAAAAUUCUUUGUAUUUUCA